CUAACAGAAACGAAAAAUGGGGAAUAAAGCAAAGACCUCAAGGAAAGGGAAGAAGGCUUGGAGAGCUAACAUAAGCACUGAAGACAUCCACGAUUUCUUUGAGAAGUCCACGAAAGAUGCCCUCUCUGGAGGUUCUCUUACUUCUGCUCCUACUGAAUCCCUCUUCGUCAUCGACAAGUCUAAAGAUCUUUCUGUUAAGAAGAAGAUUGAGAAGAAAAGAGAAAAGGUAUUGCGAGUGGAUAGUAUGCUGAAGAAGAACCAUUUUGUUGAAGUAGUACCAUCUUCGAAGCAAAAGAGUUUCAAGAAGAAAAAGGAGGCUUUGAAAGCUGUAGAUGCUGUAGUUCAAGACGCUCCCAAGGAUGAAUCUGUCCCCGACUCUGGCAUGGUUCCCUUGUGGGGAGAUGGAGGUCAACAUGGUGGUCGCAAAGCUAGACAGGUUUCUAAACAGUCCAUUAUUCCUGCUGUGGAAGUCGAGGCUCCUGGAUGUUCAUACAAUCCCGCAUUCGAAAGUCAUCAGGAUUCGUUGGCUCAAGCUGUUGCCGAGGAAAUGCAAAAGGCCUACAAGAUAGAGUUGGGACCUCAGCCAGUUCCAAUAACUGUUAUGGGAGAAGUGGUUGAUGAAGAUGAUGUGAGUAAAUACUUUAUCGAGGUAGAUGAUGAAAGCGAUGAUGAUAUGAAUGAGGAGGAUCCAGAAAUGGAGAAAAGGCCGCUCAAAAUAAAGAGGGUGACUCGAGUUGAGCUAAAUAAGAGAGCUAGAAGGAAAGAGUUGCAGAAAAAAGAAGCUGAAGUUAAAAAGAAACAGGAGUUUACCAAAGACAUUGACAACUUGUCGGAUAUCUUACAAGAAAUAGCCAAAGAGGAUGAGGAGAAGCAAAAGAAACAUCUUCGAAAGGCCAUAGCUAAACAAGAAAGACUUAAGUCUUGUCCACCACGCCUGGGUAAAUACAAAUUCCAGCCUGCUCCUCCACAAGUCCUCUUAUCUGAAGAGCUUGCAUCUAGUUUCGAAUUUACUGUAAGGUAAUAAAAGUUGACUGAAUCCGUGUUUUUUAUAUUCUUAUGUUGCAUAAAGGGUUGUGCUACACUUGCAAGAGAUAGAUUUAAAAGCUUUGAGAAGAGAGGCCUAAUUCCCCCAUCAGCCAAGAGUGGAAGGUCAGUUGAAUUUGCUAACAUUUAUGUGUUUGAUAGGGACCUGAAACCAAUGUUACACGACAUCCUAUUACAAAUCCAAUUACACGGUUCAACUGCUCAUGCAUCUUGGUUUUUUGUUAUAUUCUAUAUUGAUUUUAUCUAAAAUGGUAAUUGGAAGGACGAU